ACCUAAAGCAUCCUAAAUUUGCCUCUCUGUCAUAUAGGGAGCGGGAUGUCCUACAAGUACUACUCUAUUACGGGAAUUAAAGAGGGCUGGGAUUCCAAUGGCCAAGUCCCAAUUAGGCGAGACUUCGACGAGUGGUCCCAGAGUACCGAUGCCAAAGACAAGAUCCAAGUGAUACUAUAUCUGCUCGCUCUUAAACGGUUCCAAGCAGUCUCUCCUGAAAAAAGAGAUUCGUAUUUUCAAAUAGCAGGUAUUCAUGGAUAUCCAUACACGUCCUGGGACGAGCCUUCCACCACCACCGAUGAAGUGGGGAGGAAGGGCUACUGUGUUCACGCGAACGUUCUUUUCCCUUCGUGGCAUCGACCAUACAUGCUGCUCUAUGAGCAACGUCUCUAUGAGAUCAUGGUGAACGAAAUCAUCCCGGAACAUCCAAGAUACAAGACCGAGUAUCUAGAUGCUGCUCGAACAUGGCGACUACCAUUUUGGGACUGGGCUAAAAAUCCCAAAGUGCCGGAGAUAGUUCGCUGGAAGAGAAUUGAGAUCACCAUCGGAGAUGAUCCGUCAGUGAUCAUAGACAACCCCCUUUACCAGUUCAAGAUGCCGAAUGACAAAAAGAUGGGGGUUUAUGGGGUAGGAAAGCUAAAGUUCCCCGACGGCGAUGAAUUUCUUGAGUAUGGAGAAUGCUACGCCACGAGUCGAUGCCCUGAUGAGAACGAGCGCAAACCUGAUAAUAAGGCUUGGAUAGAGGGAGUUGUCCAUGAUGAAAAGGUGGACGACUUUUUGACCAAGUAUAGCUCUGUUACUGGAUUCCCGUACGGCACUGCGGCAGAACUAGUGUACCGAUUGCUGACCUAUCCGAUGGAUUAUCCUCACUUUGCUACUCUUGCUAGAGACGAGAAUUCUUCUAGCGCAACUGCUAGUACAUCAAGCAUCACAAACGACAUAAACUUAGAGUUCAUCCAUAAUAAUGUCCACUAUUGGGUUGGGGGGGAUGGCGGGCAUAUGUCCCAAAUUCCAGUAGCAACAUUCGACCCGGUCUUCUGGUUACAUCACUGCAAUCUCGAUCGUUUGUUCGCCAUAUGGCAGACCCUGAACCCAGGCAAGUGGUUCGAGACGGAUAACCAACGAUACUUCGACCAAAAGAUUAUUGGAAGUGGAGAUGUAAUCACCAACAAGACCCCUCUACGCCCCUUCCAUAAAGACGAAAUGGGUACAGUUUGGACACCGGAUGACACUCGCGAUUGGUUUAAACUGGGCUAUACGUACCCUGAGCUAAAGACUGGCAAGGAGACUGGGGCUCAGCUACUUGAGAUGGUGAACAAGACGUAUGGGAUUACCCGGCAGGAAGGAUUGCAGAUGACCGAUGUGCCUAAAGGAAUGGAGAUAAUUGAUAAUGAAUAUGGACAAGAUGCUGGGAAGGGCGGAGUUAAGAUGAAUGACUACGCGCUUAGCAUUCGGUACUCGAAAUUUGCUUUGGGUGGUUAUCCAUUCAACAUCGAAGUCUUCUUGCGACCCGAAGGCGAGACCGAGAACAAGUUUCGAACAGAAGACUUCGUCACCAACGUAUUCAACUUCAGUCAGCCGUCAGAGCAGGAUGGAAAAGAGGUCUGCAGCAACUGUAAAGAAGGAGAAGAGAGAGAUACACAGGCAAUAGCCUAUGUUCCCGUCACUUCAUAUCUUAUCAAGAUGAUCCAGCAGCAUGAGCUAUCGGAUCUCCAGCCACCUACUGUUGAGAAGGUGUUGGCUAGAAUGUACUGGAGGAUUGUAGACCUGGGCGGGAAAACAGUCCCCAAGGAAAUGUGGAAAGACUCGAUGAAACUCGGGAUAUCUGUAUCGAAAACCCAGAUGACUUACACGAAUGAUCCCCAAGUCAAACCAGAGUUCCCAGACCCGGAGGUGAUCCCAUCGCUUGGAACAAGCCCGAGUAAACCCCCGACGCCCACUGGGGUUGUCUCCAAUAACAUUAGCGUCGCCAAGAUCUCCCAGCUCGAAGCGGAGGUCCCCACCGGAGGCUCCAUCGUUUUCCAAUCUCCCACGAUGGAUCUCGAGACGCCGCGUCGCGAGACUGGGACUGGCAUCGCGCUUCUUCAUUGGGAUCCAUCCAGCACGGCGAGUUCACGAGACGUAGAGAAUUACGACAUACUACUCGGCAUGGUAAUUAAAAACAAGCGACGCGUAGUGCAGUGCAACAGCAAGCCGGCCGGCGGGGGCUACGGAGUGACUGUGGAACUCGAGCCUGAUCCUUGGUUUGGGGAUAGCCCGCAGCUUAGAGUCGACGUUGAAGAGAACCAGUUCGUGGUUUAUGUGGAUGGAAGAAGGAUCCAGGCCGUGGAAAGGCCGAUCAAGAACAGCAUAACGCAUGUUAGAUAUUACACCUCGCCGACGACAGCGCAGCCGGUGUUGGCAAGGGACAUUAUCGCGACGACAUACAAGAACAAGAACGGUGUGCCAUGA